UUCCUGUUCCUGGCUGGCGCCUGAUCGGGCGUGUGCUAGCGAGCAGGGCCGGAGGAAAGUGACUUUUGACUCCGGCCUCGCAGUUGCUGCCGCUGCCUGUGCCCAGUACAAUGUUUCUGCCUCCUUUGCUGCUGCUGCUGCUAAGCACCGCCACAGCUGCUGUGGAAGUCAAAAGGCCUCGGGGUGUCUCCCUUACUAAUCACCAUUUCUAUGACAAAACUAAGCCUUUCACCUGCCUGGACGGGUCCUCCACGAUCCCUUUUGAUCAAGUAAAUGAUGACUACUGUGAUUGUCAAGAUGGCUCAGAUGAACCAGGGACUGCUGCCUGCCCGGAAGGACGCUUCCACUGUACCAAUGCUGGCUAUAAGCCCCAUUAUAUUCCCUCGAGUCGUGUCAAUGAUGGCAUCUGUGAUUGCUGCGAUGCCACAGAUGAGUACAACAGUGGCGUCGUCUGUGAGAACACAUGCAGGGAAAUGGGCCGGAAGGAGAAGGAGACUCUGGAACAGAUGGCAGAGGUUGCCCGUGAGGGCUUCCGGCUCAAGAAGAUCUUGAUUGAAGAAGGGAAGAGGGGCCAGGAGGAGAAGCGGAGCAAGCUUCUUGGUUUACAAGAGUCGAAGAAGGCCCUGGAGGAGCAAGUAGCAAUGCUGAGAGCAGUGAAGGAAGAGGCUGAGAAGCCGGAGAAGGAAUUCAAGGAACGGCACCAGAAGCUGUGGGAAGAGCAGCAGGCAGCAGCCAGGGCUGCCCGAGACCAGGAACAGGCUGCCAGUGCUUUCCAGGAGCUGGAUGACAACACCGAUGGAGUGAUUUCGGUGGCUGAACUUCAGACUCAUCCUGAACUGGACCCGGAUGGUGACGGGGCUUUGUCAGAAGCCGAAGCCCAGGCUCUGCUAGGAGAGGCCUUGCAGGUGGAUGCCAUCAGCUUUCAAGAAGGCCUGUGGGCGGCCAUCAAGGAUAAGUACAGGCAGGAGUCGCUGCCUACUGUGCCACCUCUGGCUGAGGCGCCGGCAGAGGAGAUACUAGAGGUCCCAGAAGAGCCUUCCCCAGUAGAGGAUGAAGAUGAAAGUCCUGGGCUGGAUGAAGAAACAGAGGAGGAUGAAGAGGAUGAAGAAGAGGAGAGCCCUGAAGAGGACAAGGAGCCCUUGCCUCCACAGUCAGUCAAGGUGGAUGAGGAGGUGAAGGACAAGAUGCCCCCGUAUGAUGAGAGAACCCAGGCCUACAUUGACGCGGCCCAGGAAGCUCGGGACCAUUUUGAAGAGGCAGAAAAGUCAUUGACAGAAAUGGAAGAGUCCAUCAGGAACCUAGAACAAGAGAUGGCGUUGGACUUGGGUCCCAGCGGGGAGUUUUCUUACCUGUUUGGACAGUGCUAUGAGCUGUCCACUAAUGAGUAUAUUUAUAGACUGUGUCCCUUCAACCGAGUCACCCAGAAACCUAACCACGGUGGUUCUGAGACCAACUUGGGCACAUGGGGUUCCUGGGAUGCAUCAGAGGAGGAUAAAUUCCGAAUCAUGCAUUAUGAGCAUGGGACAGGUUGCUGGCAAGGCCCCAACCGCUCUACCAAGGUGAAGCUGGUAUGUGGGAAGGAAACUGUAAUCACAAGUGCCACGGAGCCAAGCCGAUGCGAAUACCUGAUGGAGCUGGUGACCCCAGCCGCCUGCCAGGAGCCGCCCCCAGAGACUCCUGGGGAUCCUGACCAUGAUGAGCUCUAAGCCUCCCAGAAUCUCAGGGGAAAAGUGGAUACCUCCAGCACCUGCACACACAUUUCCCUCCUAACGUGCCCUUGCCCACCAUGGCUCCUUGGGGUCCAGUGCAAAGGGCUCUGGCCCUGAAUCUCCCUCCUUAGAAGGUUCAUUGUCUUGAUGAAGAGAGUCUCUGUGUGUGCAUCCUCUUGAAGGCCACGAGGCUGCUUUGGAUCAGAGAGUCCUGCCCCAUUCCCUCUGGUUCAGCUGCUUAAAGUGACUGGGACACUGCGCCUACCAGAUCCCUCUUCCAGAUCGGCAGCUCCACCCAUUGAUGGGUGACUUGAUACCCUCUCACCCUGGCCUUGCUCUCGGCUCAGGCGGUACUGCUGGCCAUGUAGCCAAAUGAGCAAGACCUGUGUGGGUGGGAGAGUCUAACCUUACUGUGACCUUGACACAAUAAACUCAGAUCCUUCCCCACA